AUGCCGGCCCCUAUCGAUCCGGAGACCAUCUAUACCAAACAGGCGUGCAUCGGUGGUGGAAGCUUUGGCAAGGUUUACAAAGGUGUGGAUCGACGGACCGGAGAAUCAGUCGCCAUCAAAAUCAUCGAUGUCGAAAAUGCCGAAGAUGAAGUGGAUGACAUCAUCCAGGAGAUUGCAAUCCUCUCUGAGCUCAAAUCCCCAUACGUGACCAAGUACCAUGGGUCCUAUCUCAAGGGCUCCAAUCUGUGGAUUAUCAUGGAAUUCUGUUCUGGUGGUAGCUGCCAUGGGCUAUUGCGCCCUGGUGCUAUUCAUGAAGAGUAUAUUGCAAUCAUCUUGAGAGAGCUUCUAAAAGGUCUUGACUAUCUCCAUGGUGAUCACAAACUACAUCGUGACAUCAAAGCUGCAAACAUCCUCCUGAGCGCAAGUGGACAGGUCAAGCUCGCGGACUUUGGCGUUUCGGGCCAACUCACUACUACCAUAUCCAAAAAGAAUACAUUUGCGGAUAUUUGGUCCCUGGGGAUAACAGCAAUCGAAUUGGCAUGUGGGGACCCGCCAUAUGCAGAUAUUCAUCCGAUGAAAGUGUUAUUUUUGAUUCCCAAGAACCCUCCCCCUACACUCAAUGGCGACUUCAGCAAGCCGUUCAAGCAACUUGUUGAGUUAUGUCUUCGACGCGAUCCAAAAGAGCGACCGUCUGCCAAGGAAUUGCUUGAACACCCUUUUAUCAAGCGUGCGAAGCGAACCACAUAUUUGACAGAGCUUAUCGAGCGUGCAGAGCGCUGGCAGGCUACACAUCAGGGCCAAGGAGAUGACGAAGAUGACUACGACGAUAUUGAGGAACAAGUCAGUGAGAAGUCUGAAGAGCAUGAAGAUCUUUGGGACUUUGGCACUGUUCGUCCAGCCGGAAGAGUUCCUCCACCGCCACUUCGUCCAUUGAAUGACUCCGAUACCAACUCACGCACUCAGGAGACUGAAGAGUGGGAUUUGCGAGAGGAAAAGCCCGAUUCAGAGGCACCUUAUCACCCAGUAUUGCAGCUAAAUAAUACAGUGAACGCUAUCGAAGUUUCUGCAUCCAAAAUUCCUCUCCCUCCAUCAGCACCCGCGUCGCCUUCCAAACAAACAUCCGCUACACAACUGCUCUCCACUCCUCUGCAGAAACCUCGCCCUCUACCAAUCCCAACACCACUAGAAGAAAACUCUCCGGCUCGAUCAUACAAUGAACGAUCUACACAGUCAAUAAUGGAUUACGCAACUGCCAAUGGUCCCGAUCCUGCAUCGCAGCCUCAAUCACUGUCAGCAGUCGGCUCCGGCCCAGUUAGAACUGGCCAGUCUUCCAAUAAUGAUGUGUUUACAAAUCCUUCUCGCUCUUCCCCUGCCCAGGUUACCAGGAAACCUGCUCCCCUCCAGCGUCCCCUACCUGAUGCUCCUGCAAGCCCGGCUCAUCCUUCCCCAACACCUUUCACAUCUCUGCAGCAGCAACAACGACAGGAGGCAUCCCCGAAUAUGAAGCCUUCGUCCGGACUCAAGUCCAAGCUUGGGCCAGGCAAACAGGAUGAUCGUUUCCUAAGAAAGAAUUCCCCUCCACGGAGUCCUCAUUCCAAUGACCAGCUGAAACAAAUGCCAAGUACCCCAAAGACAGCUGCUGAGAAUGAGCGAGAAACUGCUUAUGGGUCGAUAAUUGCUCCUGCUCUUCGUGCAGCAAUGAAUCGACGUGGCCGCCACUUGGCUCGUCUCGAGCCUGGCCGUCAUCCGAAUGGCCGGCAGCCAACUCACGAGGAGGCGAAAGAAUGGGAGCGAGAAGUCCACAUUCAUCGUCGCAUGGAGCAGCUUUCUGGCGAACUCACAAAAUCUUUUGCAACUCUUCAUCGCUGGGAUACAGAGGCUCCAGUUCAGAUGAGUGGCGGUGUUAACUCUGUACUUGAUGCCUUCCUGGAGGAGGUGCUAGUACGGCUUCACUCUACCGGCUCAGCUCACUCUUGA